AUCCAAAUAACUGGCAAUUGUCUUUUCUACUUUCGGCAUUUAAAAAUUAUAUAAUGUACCCUUUACUAAGUCUGACUUCGAUAAUAGAUAAUUUCAUUAAAGUUCACAAUCAUAAUUUGAAUUGUGCGGUUUUAUACACGUGGUACCGAAGUUGCACGAACGAGUUGUAAUUUUCGAUAAGCUCCGGCAAUGUUAAGGCACGUGGAUCAUCCCGGUGUUGCUUUGUGGAUAUUAAUUUAUUUUGAGUUGAAUAAAACACAUACAGCCGUCUUUGAAAGGUCCAAGAACAUGAUUAUUGAAUAAAGAAAAAAGUAAAAUGUCUGACUCUGAAGAUGAAGAUUUCGCUGAAUAUGGAACACCUCUUGAGCCUCUGGAUGAAGAUGCAGUGCCACGCAAGAAGCCGUUCUCGCUGGAGGACCAGGUGGUGCGUGACAAGCAGGGCCGGCGGAGGUUCCACGGGGCUUUCACUGGGGGCUUCUCCGCCGGCUUCUUCAACUCGGUGGGCUCGCUGGAGGGGUGGACACCCUCCACUUUCACGUCCUCGCGCUCGGAGCGUGUGGCCAGGCCGGUGCAGCGGCCGGAGGACUUCAUGGACGACGAGGACAUGGGAGAGUUUGGCAUAGCCCCGAGGGUGCUACGUGCCAAGGAGGAGUACAGCGAGCGAGGACAGAAGCGGCAGAAGGCGGUGACGUCGGAGGGGCCAAUCCCCGGGACCCCAGUGCUGCAGCAGCUUCUGCAGCCGGCCAGGGACACGGUCGGAGCAAGACUGCUGCGCAGGAUGGGCUGGAAGCCAGGCCAGGGUGUGGGACCCCGCCUCUCUGCACGCGACAAGCGCCUCUCUGCACGCAGCAAGCAUCAGCAGCACGCCCCUUCAAUAUCCAGCGACAGCUCGGGUGAUGAUGACACUUGUGAGAAGCUAACGUUCGCUCCCGGGGACUAUGACCCAUUCCUCGCACAUCCAAAGACAGACAGCUUCGGGAUCGGCUACAGCGGACUGGACCGGAGGCCGGUGUUGUCAGGGCAUGUGAACCUCUUCGAUGGCCCGUCGCUGGUCAUGAGCGAGAAGAGUCGCAAGGUGUCCAUCAGGGGGCAGGCUUUCGGUGUGGGUGCCUUGGAGGAGGACGAUGAGGACAUAUAUGGCCGGGAGGACAUGUCGCAGUACGACUUCGCCCUGGAUGCUGCUCCGAGCGGCGACGCUCCAGCACGGUCCCGUCCCACAGUCAGCACAUCCGGUCGUGACGUGCUGGAGGGCUUCGUGGCGGCAGUCACGCGGCAGUUGGAGCGCGUGGCUCGUUUCCCCCCGCCCACCCUGCCUCCGGACUACCAGCCUUGUCACCGUACGCGCGCGUCGCGUUUCGAGCCGGCGACUGGCCCGGCACCUGCACGGCGGGCCCUGGGCACAGCGGACCGUGCCGUGGUGGUCGGGGAAGAGCGUGGGGACGACCAGCAGGAGCGACGGCGGCUAGCAGAAGCAGCAGCCAGGCUGACAGAGGGCCUCGCGCCUGCGAGCACGGCUGAGUUCCGUCCCUUUGCGGCUCAGCCGGACAAGCAGCGGCGCUACGAGCAGUUCCUGACGCUCGACAAGCUAGGCGAGGCAGGCAAGUUGGCACAUCUGCAGCCACUCAGCAUGACGGACUGGGAGAAGGAGCGGGAGCGCUCAGAGUUCGAGCAGGCAAGCCGUCUGUUCCGGCCGCUGAGCGCGGACAUGAGCGAGCGCUUCGUCCCGGCCGGCCAGGAUGACCAGCCCACGGACCCACUGGCACCUGUGCAGCGUGCCCCUGACAAAGAUGCAGAGCUGCGCCAAGCUGCGUGCCUCAAGAUGUUCGGCCGGCUGACGCGCACGCACGAGGCCUGGCAGCCCUGCAGUUUGCUGUGCAAGCGCUUCAACAUCCCGGACCCUGUGUUGGGGUCAGGAGUGGAGGUGGUGGCGGAGAAGAGGCCCACACCCAAGUUCGCUGCGUUUGAGUUCCUGCUGGCGCCCAAGGUGGAGGUGAAGUCUGAGCCGGCGGUGGACGCGUCUGUUUCCUCAGAGCCUGCCCUCCCCGUCACACCUGUUUCGUUGGAGCCUGCCCUCUCCACUGCGCCCGUGCCCCUGGAUCCUGCCAUGACUGUGCACGUCGACCAGGACACUGCCGCGUUGGAGUUCCCCGAUCCGCCUGAGAAGGUGGACCUGUUCAAAGCCAUCUUCCUGAGCAGCAGCGACGACGAGGACUCCGGCUCGGAGACGGGCGAUGCUGGGGUUGGCGCUGUGCUGCGCAACACGUCCCCGCCACGCGGGGUGUUCGCCAACCUCGAUCUGGAUGCCAUCAACGCGGUGAGGCCGAGCCCCACGGUGUCUGAGGAUGUGGAGUCCCAGCCCGUGGCCGUUAAGGAAGAGGAAUGUGCGCUGGACGCGGAGAUGUACGGGCCGCGCCUGCCCAGCGGCCCCCCUCCACCAGCCCCGGCCGAUAUUCCUGCCCCUGCACGGCUUGCGUUGCCCAGCGUGGUGGGAGCCACCGUCACGUGGCGGGAGCGCACAGCCGACAAACUGCACCGCAAGGUUUCCAAGCACAAGAAACACAAGAAGGAGAAGCAUAAGAAGAAGAAGAAGCGAAAGCGCUGAGUCUGAGUUGCUGGCAGUGGGCAGCAGCACGGAGGUCGCCAAGCUGCACAGAUGUGCAUGCCUGUCGGCCAUGACCCAGGAAGCAGUUGUGCGCAUCUGCAGGUCAUGCCCACGUAAACAGUAUUGUGCUGUUGUUGCUGCAGCUGAAGAAUAGGGAAAAUCUGUAUUCUUGAAAUGCUGAACUUUUGGUUGUCACAACCUGUUCGCUUCGAAUCCAAGACAGCAUCUGGCUUGAUCUCUCAUAUUUAUAGACUGUGCAGUCUUCACCAGUUUGUUCUUUGAUAUCACGUUCAUUAAAAUUACUCAUGACCAAAAACCUUCUAAUCUGAGUGAUUUAUAUUUAACCUAAGUUACUUACAGUUUAUGUACCAUAUUAUCUGGCGUAUAAGACGAGAAUUGUGUAGUUGUUACCACCGUAUUCAUCUGAAUAUGAUGCUAUGAUUUUUACCAAAACUGUGGAAACUGAAAAUGGGGGUCGCAUUAUAAUUGUAAACUUGAAUCUUACCAUUGGGAACAAUUUAGUUGAAACACUACAAACUCUUUAUCCUAAAUGUGUCAUUCGUACCACUUUAGGGUGCUAUUAAUUACCACCUUCUGAACCUCCAGUGAGUUGAUAAACUACACCUCUGCCUGUAAACUGCAUCACCUAUGCCACUAUAGUCCGGGGUUUUCGGGAUCUCUGCGCAGGUGUGACAGAUUAGAUAUGUAGGCUGGAGAGGGUGCAAUUGGAGUGUCACUUGGUUCUUUCUGCUUCUCUGUGGCUGCUGGUGAAGGUACCCCUUACUCCUUCUCUUUCACCCUCCCAAGUAACCACCGUAUAUUACCACAUUCUUUGCUUUCUGAACAGCCGCUAUUUUUGAACCUAUGUACAGUUAUAAAAAAAUUCUUUUUGCUAACUGCGCUUAGUGUUUCAAAAGUGCCAUGUAAAUCACUCUACUAAUGAAAGUAGAACCAGAAAGGGUCUAGUAAAUGUGGUAUGAAUUUAAUAUUUUAAAUAAUAUUGAAGUACUAUGUACUUUAAUUGUGAUUUCCCAUAAAAAAAAUUGUUUUUCAUAAAUUUUCUGUGCCAAAACAUGGUCACAGAAGCAUGAACCAUACUUGCAUUAUUAUCUGUGAUUUUAAUUUGUAUUUUAAUUAGGGAUGGGACGGUCGAAUACUCAAAUCCUCGAAUCCCACCGAAGCUCUAGUAUUCGAAAGAUUCGAAAUUCGAGGGAAAAAUUUUCGGGAUUCGAGGAAAAAUAUUGAUGUAAAUGUUGUACUUUAAAAACUUAAAUGCUUACAAUUUACUUGGCCUGUUUACGUUUUCCUUGGAACACAUCCUAUUGAGGUACAGUAGAACCUCGUUAAUACGUGAUGGUCGGGACCGAGAUAAUCACGGAUUACCGAAUUUCACGGACUAGCGAUUAAAAGCCCGGAAGGUCUUGUCAAGCUUCUCAGACACCGGCGUGCAGCUGGGUUAAGGCCAAGGUCAUGUGACGUAACAUCUCCCGAGGCUUACUGCGCCUUGGCAGCAGAUGGAUAAAAAAUAGUAAACUCCCCAUUAUACGUGUUAAUUGGGACCCGCCGAAGCCCGAAUAAUUAAAAUUAGUGGUGCACCGAUGCGGAUACCGAUGAAUCGUAAUCGGCGAUUAUGGGUACUUACCGAUUAAUCGUAAUCGGCGAUUAUCUUAACGAUUACUUUGCCGAUUAUUUACGUCCCGGCGUAAUUAAGUAGGUUUUUACCGUGUAAUAUAUUGUUACACAUUUUAGGACGAAAUACCGUAAUAUUUGUAUAUAUUACAAAAUUCAUCUAACUCCUUCAUAUCAUAAUUACAGAUAUUUCGUUAAGUUUAAUAAAUCUCAUUGCCUCCAACAAUAAAAAAUACAUUUUUCCUACACUUUUAUUUACGUUUCGUCUUUUGUUUCUUUAGUGGCCUUGUUCAUUACCUAUAGCCAGAGACGUAAAAUAGAUGGCACGCAAUCAAAAUACCACAAACAGUUGCAGUGGAUUCUAUGACAAUCGAUCUUUUCGAGUCGUAGUAGCGGUUCAAAAUCGUGGUCCCGAUACCUUCUAGAGUUUAUCACUGCAUUUUACCAACUCGUUAUAGGCGUCUUUGGUAACAUUAUCCGUUGUUGUGUUAUUUGUAUGUGACGUGAAAAGUGAAAAAGUAUUUAUAAUUUUAUAUAUUCAGUCAACAUAAACAAAAUAACAUGUGCUAGAAUUGGUUUUUUGUCAUUUUUAUAUAAUUAUAGUUAGAUGGCGAGUAGGGAGAAAAAAAGUGAAGUGUGGAAACAUUUUUCUAUAAACUCAAGUGAACAAAAUAAAGCAGCAUGUUUACAUUGCUAAACAGUAAUUUCUUGAUGCAACCUUAUGUGAUAGUCGAUAAUAAUGCUAGUUUUCCGCAACAAAAACUUACCCAUUGUAAAUUACAAUUAUUAGACUGUAGUUAAAGUUGUUUACAAUAACAAAUAUUUAAAUAGAAGUUAAUUUAAUUUACACUUUGCAAUGACUUAAUAGUGUAUUUUAUAUAUUUUUAUACUGUUAUUAUAACUGUAUUCUCAAUUUUACCUAAUCUUGUUAUUCAAAUCACAUGGGAAUAAAAAUUUUUGUGUGCAUUAUUACACUUAAAAAAAUUUCAUUAUAAUCGGUAAUUGAAUCAGUAUCUGCCGAUUAUUGCUCUCAUAAUCGGUAAUCGAAUCGGUAAUCGGUAAAGUCAUAUCGGUGCACCACUAGUUAAAAUAUAUAUUAUCUGAGAAUUCCAUGAUGGCCAACCAAUGAACUUGUUAGCCAAUCAUUUUGAGCAACACAAAAAAAUAACUAAUAUUAAUAUAAAGAAUUUUAAUGGGUAAACUAGAGAAAACACCCCGUCACUUUUAACUUCGGGCAUAUUAAUCACUACGCUUAAGUGAGGUUUAAUUUUAAAAGAUUCAUGACAAUAUUUCUUAUGGCCUAAAACCAUUGAAGCCAAGAUGGCGCCUUUCAGUUUCCAUUAAAUAUUUCAGGAAAGUGAUAUCUUCAUUUGGGACUUUAAACAAAUGUCAAGUUGGUAAAUACAAAAUAUUGUUCCGUCGAAUAUUGAAUUUCGUUUUCCGAUUUCCGUGGAUACAAUGAAUCACUGUACUCACAGAUAAUGCCUGAAUGCCUUAAAUCCACCAAGUUGGAUUCUACAGCAAUUGAUGAAGUGACCAGAUUCUUACGUGAUCCUACAAUUAACCCAGAAAUAAACAUCCUCGAAUACUGGAAAACUCAGUCUGUGUGUUCACCCAGGCUACAUAAACUGUCCAUAAAAUAUUUGUGUUCACCACCUGCGACAGUGUUCUCUGAACGUUUGUUCAGCACUGCAGGAAACAUGUGACCAAAAACGGAAUCGUCUUGAUCCAGACCGUGUCAAAAUCCUUGUUUUUUUAAAUAAAAAUUUAAGGCUUAAAUAAUUCUGCAUAAUGUUUAAUUUUUUCUCUUAACUUAUAAAUUAUUUUAUAACUAACCCUUGAGAUCUGGAUUCGGAUUCGAGGUACUGUUUGGGAUUCAAAUUCAAGAUUUGGAUUCGGGAAAAAUAGGAUUCGACCCAUCACUAAUUUUAAUGGUAGAAGAACAUUGGGCAGUUCCACCAGUCAGUGACUCUAUGACCAUAGAACCACAAUUGAUAUUUUAUUUCUCUUAGAGCAUGAUAAUUAUGCUACAUUUUCAUAUAAACAAAUUGUUCGUGUUGGCCCUAGACUAUUGAAAUUGUUUGAUAUUGGAAACUUAAUGUAUGGAUUAAGGUUAGGUAACAUUAAGUAUGUAUUGUAUUUCACAUACUAUAAUGUUACUAAUUUAUAUUGUAUUAUGACAUUUUGGACCUAUCAGGAUAUGACAUGUAUAAAUUAAGAAAAUUUAAAAUGGAACAUUGUCAGUUUGAGCUACUACGAUGAACUAUCGUAUAAGGAAUAUGUGUGCAUGACUUGAAGAUAGGUGAUCUAUUUAAAUGCAGAGUCGCUUAUAAGUUUUAUUACAGACCUGAAAAGGAAAAUGUUGAUCAAGAAAUUGUAAUGGUUAUCCCAAAAGGGAUUAUUGAAUAUUGAAGUGUGUAAUGUAAAAAGAGUCGCAGAAAGUUUUAAAACAUCUAGUUUUCUGUAUAUAUAACUCAUUUCUAGUGAUACUAUUUGAAUAUCAAGUGUAAUACAAAACACACAAAAUUACCUGAUUUGAUCUAAGUUAAAUCAAACUAACUAAUUGUUGUUAGGCAUUUCAAGCAUAACUCUUAAACCAUAAGACUUGUGAGGAAUUCUCAUGCAGUUCUACAGACUGAAAAAUUGUAGCAUUUUAAUUUAAAGAAAAAUCUUAAAUUCAUUUUCUGUACUAUUAUUGAUUUGACACAUAUCAAUGAUGAUACAUUAUAUUUUGUAAAUACAUUUGUUCGAUGUGUUCUACAUAACAUUCGUGAUGAUUUAACAAGAUAUAAGUUAGUACAGUCUGGAUGCUCUAAUUUUAUUUAUUUUUAUUUUUAUAUUUCAUGAUAUAAAGAGUAAUGUUGUUAGUUGUUAUAUAAAGCUAGAAUAUUAUGUUUGGGUGCAUCACAAUAAAAAAAUUUGGAGUCACUUUAUAUUCCGAGUCUUUAUUUUCUUUUAUAUUUGGGUGAAGUCCAGAGAUGUGACUUAUUUUAGCUACAAGUAUUUGAAAUACAUAUACAAGAUACAAAAUACGUAUUUUCGUCUUAUAUAUGAAUUAAGUUUUUUAAAUUUUAAUUUGUAUUUAGAUACAUUUUUUAAAUAUCUUAGUAUUUUGAAAAUACUAAGUUUGCUAAAAUACUUUUACUAAUUACCUACCUGUGGAUUUUUUACAUUACGACAUCCCAUCAUACAGACAAAUCUGAGAACGCACCCUUAUAAUUUUAAUUUUCAAUCUAUGAAAUGACUUUUUGGUUUAUGGUCUAUGUAUUUACUUUUGUCUCUCUUGCUGUCACUACCUGCGCCAUAUUUAAUUGUGUUGUAUUGGUCGUGUCGUGUGUCAAAUUGUUCAAGUUGAUUUAUUACUUACAAUAUUAUUUAAAGGAUCAUAAUAAUUGAAGAUGACAACAUAUGUAGAAAUGUAAGUUUUUUCUUCUUUCGCUCGACACGAAUGUGUUUGUAAAUGUAAUGUUGUGAGUGCACGUGAGAUCGGGUAGGGGUUAGAUGUGUUUGUUAGGUAACAAACAAAACAGAACAGUAGUGGUACAUAUUCGUGUGUAAUAUCUCGUAUAAUAUUAGAUAAUGUAAAAAAUAAAAUUAUUAAAAGUGCUAAAACCUA